AUGGCUGUGACUGUGGAUAAGUUAUUACUCAGUCCGAAACCAAUGUUCGCCAUGUCUCGUCGUCGUCUACGGUCCAGCCUUCCUACUUCCCCGGUAACUUCAAAACCGCCGCCCCCUCGUGAACCGGACCACUGGAUUUGGCGUUGCUGCCAGUGCCAUACUACCUGGGACCUUGCCGUUACCCGUCGAUGUCUGCUAUGCUCGCAUUCGUUUUGUUCCAUCUAUGAACCACCUUUCAAGCGAAAGAACAACAAGCGGCGUGUCCGCCAUGGCAAGCUGAUCAUAUGUGGUACGAGCUUCGACUUCCACGGGUGGAAUGUCUACAAUGCCUGGCGUAGAAGUACUGAAAAAGCUCACCUCUCCGACAAACAGCGAGAUAGAAGAUUUCUACUAAAGACCCACAAUGACUGGCUUCAUUGUGACUACCCUUCGCAUUGCCGGCAUCGCAGGGAGGAGCUUCUUCCAUCCCGACUUGAGAUUCUCCUAGAAGAACUAGACGAGGAGGACGAGAACGACAAGGAGUCUUGCGCUGAUACUAGUCUCAAAUCAUGUACAGCCUUGAGCACCGAUGACGAGCUCGAGAUGAACGAGGCCAUUCCCCUUGAACCAUCCGAUGAGUCUGAUAGGGUGUGGUGGAAAGACCACGUCGAAAGACCGAUUUUUCCGACCGUCAAUAUUUCCAAUCUUAGCGAUGAGCGGCUUCUCAGUCUUCUUGAAGAAACCCAUGAUCUUAUGCCACUCGGCGAUAGCGAUCGAAGGCAGUCAUCAGUGCGCGACCAAAUUGAAGUCAACUGGGAAGACUUCAGCGAUUCCGACGAUAGCGAUGAUGAAGACUCUUUGUUCCAAUCAGCGCUGACAGCAGAUAUGAAUGACGACGAGGACCCGAGUCUCUUAGUCAAGAGGGUUAAUUCCUUUUGGAGCAGUACUGAUUUUUGA